UUAAGGCAAAAAAUAAUGACAAUAAAAAGAAGAGAGAAGAAGAAUCAGAUGAGUUUGAUCUAAAGCUUACGAUGGAAGCAGCAGCAGCUUCGUCGUUGAACAAUUCCGGUAGUGGAAGUUCUGAGCGCAGCGAAGAUAGAGGGAUAUUUGAGUACUUUGGUUGGGUUUAUCACUUAGGAGUCAAUUCCAUUGGCCUUGAGUACUGUCAUCUCCGAUACCUCUUCAUUAGGGGGAAAUAUGUUGCCAUGUACAAGCGUGAUCCUCACGAUAACCCUGCCAUUAAACCCAUUAGGCAGGGAGCUGUAGGGCCCGCACUUAUGGUGGAGGAGCUAGGUCGUCGAAAGGUCAACAGUGGGGAUCUUUAUGUUGUACGGUUUUACAAUCGAUUAGAUGAGGCCAAAAAGGGAGAAAUUGCUUGCGCUACAGCUGGGGAAGCCCGAGGAUGGAUAGAAGCAUUUGAUCAUGCCAAGCAACAGGCUGAGUAUGAGCUGUCAAGAGGAAGUAGUGCCAGAGACAGACUAAACAUGGAGGCCGAGAUCAAUCUUGAAGGACAUCGGCCUAGAGUGAGGCGGUAUGCCCAUGGAUUGAGGAAGCUUAUAAAAAUUGGCCAAGGCCCAGAGACACUGUUACGGCAAUCAUCAAGGUUUGCUUGUAGGCCAGAUGGGUUGGAAGGGGACAGUGGCGAUGCAGUUGAAGCACAUCAAUGGAAAUGUGUUCUUACUGUGGCUGGUAUUAGAAUUUUUGAGGAUGUUUCUCAUCACAAGAAUGGUAAUGUCCUUGCAAAGUCUGUUGGAGUUAUUGAUGCAACUGCAGAUACCGUUUUUGAAGUGCUUUUGAACCCUGACCCACAAAAAAGAAAUGAGUGGGAUAUGUUGAUGUGUGACUUGGAAAUGGUAGAUUCUUAUGAUGGACACUUCGAUGUUGUUUAUGGGACAUAUGAUCCUAAGUAUCUAUCGUGGUGGCAUUCAAAGCAAGAUUUUGUCUUCUCUAGGCGAUGGUUUCGUGGACAAGAUGGAACAUACACUAUCUUGCAAUUUCCAGCUCUACAUAAGAAAAAGCCUCAAAGAUCUGGAUAUCGACGUGCAAAAAUUAAUCCAUCUUCGUGGGAGAUUAGAAAUUUGAACACUCAUACGGCAUCAAAUAGCCCAAGAUGUCUUGUGACCCACACUUUAGAGAUACACUCUGCAUCCUGGCAUCGAUGGAGGAACAACCGAUGUUCAAUAUUUGAGAGGAGCAUUCCUUAUGCAUUAUUGUGCCAAGUUGCUGGUCUGAAGGAAUAUAUCGCAGCCAAUCCAGCACUCCACCGUGAAAAUGCCACCACAAUUGUUCAUCCCAAAAACUCUGAUGUUUCCAUUAGCAGCACUGAAUAUGAAGAUGAAGUGCAGGAUGAGUUUUAUGAUGCCGUUACUGCUGAAUCAUCAUCUUCAGAUGAAGAAAGUGGUGACGAUGAGAAACUUGAUCUGAAGGCGUCAAGAGUCAAACUAAAGAAUGUUUCAUGGGCCAUCACAACCUUAGCUUUGAAGCGAACUGCAGCUCCCGAUCUAAGCGAAGAAUUGGAUCCUCAUGUAAAUCCUGUCACAAUCCAUCCAAGUGACUUUUAUGGUUCUUUGGGAAAAGGAAAGGAUGACAAGGACACAAACUGUUGGACUUCUCCAAGUGGAAAAGGAUUUAUGAUUAGAGGAAAGACCUAUCUUAAAGAUAGUUCUAAGGUAGUCGGAGGAGAUCCUCUUCUCAGGCUUGUAGCAGUUGAUUGGUUUACAAUGGGUAAAUCUGUAGAUAAAAUAGCCCUGCACCCUAGAUGUCUAGUUCAGUCAGAAGCCGGGAAAAAGCUUCCAUUUAUCCUUGUCAUUAAUCUCCAGGUUCCUGCUAAACCAAACUACAGUCUGGUUCUAUAUUAUGCAGCUGACAGACCGAUAAACAAAGAUUCUCUAUUGGCUAAGUUUGUUGAUGGAAGUGAUGUGUUUAGGGACUCAAGAUUCAAACUUAUUCCAAGUAUAGUUGAGGGAUAUUGGAUGGUCAAGAGAGCUGUUGGAACGAAAGCUUGCCUGUUAGGAAAAGCUGUGACUUGUAAAUACUUUAGACAAGAUAAUUUUUUGGAGAUUGAUGUGGACAUUGGAUCAUCCUCUGUGGCUAGGAGUGUCAUUGGUUUUGUUCUGGGAUAUGUCACAAGCCUAGUCGUUGACCUUGCAAUUUUGAUUGAGGCAAAAGAAGAGUCGGAGCUGCCGGAGUACAUUCUUGGAACUGUCCGAUUAAACCGUUUAAAACUUGAAUCUGCUGUGCCAUUGGAGGUUUAAGGUGUUCUUCCAAAGCAGAGGAAGUAUAUUGGGCGUGAGAAGACCCUAAAUGGGUCAAAGAGCCCUUGUUAGAUUCUCAGAUAUUGUUCCCAAAAGAAGUUUCAAAAAUAUUUAGAAGUUGUUGCUUAAACAAAUUUAAUAAAACAAAGAGAUGAAUAGAACCUUGGAGCAAAAUUUAUAACAACAUGCAUUGAUUGUUAAACAACGAAAUUAUAAACGUUUGAGUUUUUCCAUUUUA